GAUAUUGACAUCGAUGUGGUAGCUGUUCUAAAUGAUACAGUUGGUACGUUGAUGGCUUGCGCAUUCAAAGAGAACACGUGUCAAAUUGGUGUUAUCGUUGGUACAGGCAGCAAUGCAUGUUAUAUGGAGAAAAUUGAAAAUUGCGAUAAAAUCAAGCACUUACUUCUAGAAGAAGAUGACAUGCCAAAUGAGAUGAUCAUCAAUACUGAAUGGGGAGCAUUUGGAGAUGAUGGUGCCUUGGAAUUUGUCCGUACUCGUUUCGAUCGAGAAGUGGACGAGAAAACGAUCAAUCCUGGAAAGCAAUUCGGCGGUGUUUUGGAAGCCUGUAUUUAUGUGAUUCUACGGGCAAAAGCACUACUAUCAAUUGACGCCGCUGCAAAAUUUUUCUGGCUGCGAGUUGCUUUAAACGCACACAUACACAUAUACACACACUGCUUGAUUACUUCUUUUCGGUACUCUGUGAGUUGCCAAAAAAGCAGUGAAGGCCGAUUCGAGAAAAUGAUCUCGGGUAUGUAUAUGGGCGAAAUUGUUCGUGUCAUUCUAGCUCAUUUGGCACGCGAGAAUCUUCUUUUUAACGGCGAUUACGAACCCAUUUCAAAGCCGCAUUCAUUCCCGACUAAAUUUGUUUCUGAAGUUGAAAAAGAAAUUUUGGAAGAUGAAGAGCGAAAUUUCUCAAAAACAAUGCAAAUUUUGGAAGAAAUUGGAACCGAACAAGUAUCAGUUGCUGAUUGCAUUAAUGUUGCAUAUGUAUGCUCUCUUGUUAGUACACGAGCUGCAUACUUAUGUGCUGCCGGCAUAGCAACAUUACUUAAUCGAAUGCAAAAAUCAUACGUGACAGUUGGUGUUGACGGUUCAGUGUAUCGAUUUCAUCCCACUUUUCCUCGCAUGCUUGAUGAGAAAAUACAGCACUUGAUUGAUAAAAAUUUGAAGUAUCAAUUGAUGCUCUCAGAAGAUGGAAGCGGUCGUGGAGCAGCGCUAGUAGCGGCAGUUGCAUCGCGAAUCAGAAGUAAAGGUUGUUCUGAAACAUCUGCUGAUUGA